AUGUCAUCAACCAGAGAACUCGAAUCUACCCUUCCUUUUUAUCCUCCAGAAGGCACAAACGGAGCACGCGACCCCGAUCACUUCGAGUUCGCAGUGUAUUCCCUUCUCCCUCAGGACGAUGCCGGUCGCGAAACCCUCCUCGACGACCUGAAUAACGGCGACAUGGCAAAUGGACAAUGUUGUCUCGCUCCCUCGCCAGACUUUGCUGGCGAAACACUCAGGGACGUCUAUGAUUAUCACAUAGAAGCCGCCAAAGACGACGAAAAUACUAUACAUCCUCAUUUCUUCAUUGUCGCUGAUCAAGAGGAUUGGAAUGAGAGUGGUGUGCUGGUGGUAUAUCUUCUAGCCGAUAGAACUCUCAACAAGGAUGAAGACGAGUACGAAGACGAAUAUGUUGUCGGGGUCGGUCGUUGCAGUGUCGACGACGCAGAUUGUGCUGGAGUCAAUCUCGACAUUUCCAAAUUGUCUUGGAUUGAGUUCAAAGACUCGUGGCAUAGAGAUGGUUGGGAUGAUGAUGAGCCUUAUACGAAUCCACGAUACUCCAAGUAUCACUUCGAAACAGGCGAGGAAAAUUGA